CUAAAAUUAAUUUUAAACCAUAACAGUCGUGCACUGUUUCGGUCUGAUAUCGUACAAAAUAUAACGUUUAGAAACUGUUGAAGAAGACGCGAGCGUUCAAGAGGCAACUGCUGCAGAGAUAUGCAAUCCAUCACGAAAAUCUUGACUGUCAUUGUCCUUUGCGCGACCUUUCUGUUUCAAAGACAUUUUUGUCAACCAUACUGCUAUAAAGGUGAACCCGGCCCUCUUGGAUGGCCAGGACCCGUCGGUGAACCGGGACUCCAGGGGAUCAAAGGAGAGAAGGGUGACAGCGCAUACUCCAUUCGAUCUCCACCAGAUGACAAACCCUGUUACUGCCCUGAAGCAGUAAAAGGAGAGAAAGGGGAGCCAGGCCCGCAAGGCAGGAAAGGUGUACAUGGGGUACCAGGGUUCAAGGGACGUGUUGGUGAAAAGGGUGAAAAAGGUUAUCCAGGCAAAAUUGGGGCACCAGGACAUUCAUCAAAACGGGUAUCCAUGCAGCCACCUGGAGCACGAAACAUUGCCUAUGUUCCUGUAAAGAUUUCAGGUCGAAUGCCAAGAAUAAUAUGUCAUCAUUUUAGAAGGCACGCGUACGUUCCCGUAGUUCCAAAUAAGUUCGUCGGUUGGAAUGAACCAGGGAGGUCCGGCUACCUGACAUACGGCAAUUGGCUCUACUAUUCGUCGCGUUUCAUGUGUCCGUGCAGCGUCAAACUCCCCCCGGGACCAACGCCAAGUGCGAGAGAAUUCAUGCGGCGUCUAUAGGGAGGAACGAUCAGUGAUUAAAACUUGACGUUGUUGAGAGCUCUUGAGGACGAUAGUUAUAGAUAAUAUAAAUACAACCUAUCAUUAUAGAUUUCCUAUAUUGUUUUUUUU